AAACUCGUGCUCUCUCUCUGCAGGAAAUGCAGCUGUGGUGAAGCCGUCCGAGCUCAGCGAGUGCUCGUCCCUCCUCCUCCGGGCUCUGCUGCCGCGCUAUCUGGACAAGGAUCUGUACCCGGUUAUAACGGGUGGAGUGUCAGAGACUCAGGAGCUGCUGAGGCUCAGGUUUGACCACGUCUUCUUCACAGGCAGCGGCAGCGUGGGUAAAAUAGUGAUGGAGGCCGCGGCUCGCCACCUCACCCCUGUGACCCUGGAGCUGGGGGGGAAGAGCCCCUGCUACAUCGACAAGAACUGUGACAUCAGAGUCGCCUGCCGUCGUAUCACGUGGGGAAAGUUUGUGAACUGCGGUCAGACGUGCAUCGCUCCAGACUUCAUUCUGUGUGAACCGUGCAUUCAGGGCCGAGUGGUGGAGUGCCUCCGACUAACUCUCCUGGAAUUUUACGGAGCUGAUCCCAAAUGCUCGCCGGACUAUGGCCGAAUCAUCAACACGCAUCAUUUCAACAGAGUCAUGGGUCUGAUGGAGGGCUACACCCCUGUGAUAGGAGGACAGAGUGAUGCCUCACAGCGCUACAUUGCCCCAACAGUGCUGAAGGACGUGCCCCCCCACUCCCGGCUAAUGCAGGAGGAGAUUUUCGGCCCCUUGUUGCCCAUAGUGGCCGUGAGUGACAUGGAAGAUGCCAUCCGCUUCAUCAACGAGAGAGAGAAACCUCUGGCGCUCUAUAUCUUCUGCUCUGAUAAGAAGGCAGCGAAAAAGAUGAUUGAGGAGACCUCAAGUGGAGGAGUGGUGGUCAAUGACGUCAUGAUGCACUACACGCUCAGCUCGCUCCCGUUUGGUGGUGUUGGUAAGUCUGAUUCAAAGUGCUUUAUAUAUGUAUUUUUUCUCAGGUGUAUUUUUUCAUGGGGGCAGUGCAGGGCCGUAUUAACCU